GCCUGAGGCGCUAACAGGCCACACACUCUAGGUUUAUUUGACUUGUGUAAUUAAAACAAAGGUGUGCGACGUUGUUUGUUAGGCAUUCAGGGCCUGUCAGUUGAGAGAGCUGAAUCCCCGGUGUUUCCUGAACACACCCACCUGACAUAACAAGGGAGGUUCGCCUGGACGCUUAUUUGAAGCUAAGGCUAGCUAAAGUUCUCCUGUUUGGGCCUGACCUGCUGCAACAGAGGACCCAAACCUGACUAAGGUGGAUACUGUCUGGUGAGGAAUGGCGGAGGGAGGCUUUGACCCUUGUGAGUGCAUCUGCACCCAGGAGUACGCAAUGAGGCGCCUCAUCAAUUUGCUGAGGCAAUCUCAGUCCUACUGCACAGACACAGAGUGCCCUCAGGAACUGCCAGGUCCCAGUGGGUCAGUGGGCGGGGGAGGUGACCUGACCCUCCCCAUGGUUCUGAUGGGAUGGGCGGUGUUAGCUCUGGUCCUGUUUUUGCUGCGCCCAUCCAGUCUCAGGGGAACCCAUCAUUCUGGCAAGCCCAGUGGACCCCGCAAUAGUGAUGGAAGAGAGCCCCCAGCACCACCUAUCGACUAGCAGUGGAGCCAGACAAACAGCAAAUGUACACCUCCUCUGACUGGAGCUGCACAGUAGCUGCAACCAGGACAGCACCAUCUGUCUUUCUGUCAACCUUCCCUCACAUAUCUUUUUCUUUUUUCUUCGUCUGAUGCUGUCACAGACUUGUCUCUGAUUUCUUAUUACUAGAGUCCAACUGAUCAACGAGGCCAGCACAACUAUGAUAUUUAAAGGGGACCUAUUAUGCUCAUGUCCACCUCCAAAACUUAUUUUACUCAAUUAGUACUGCAUGAUUUAGAGUUUGAAAUUAUCCUUUUUUAGGUUAUACCUGUCCUGGUGCAGCUCCUUAGCUGGAGAGGUGUUAGCCCCUCCCUCUUUAAGUCAAUUUCAUUCUUAUUCGCUGCCAUGCGCAGAAUUUGAAAUGAAGGUGGGUGUAGCUUCUAUGCUUACAGUCAGAGCUGCAAGCCUGAUAUCAAUUAAGGAUUACUGCUCUCACUGACAUCACAAAGGAGGAAGAGUAGAAAAAACUGAGCAACUUUGACCGUAUUUAGUAUGAGCAUCCACCCAUGUAAAAGCAUAUAUGUGACACACAUGGGGAAAAUAUGUCCUCUUAAAAACAGUUGCAUUUCUCAGUUUAAAGGUUAAUCUGUUUUGCGUACUUAAACUCACUAUAAACUAAAAAAACAAGGUACGGGCUGAAAACUGAGAUUUUACAGUCAAACGCAAAAGAUUUUAUCCAGAGGAAUGUGAUAAUAGCUGAACACAAUCACAUAAAAAAUAUAAAACUUGGUAUGACACAUGGCUUUUCAUAGCAGAAGUACACACUCAACUACCAAACAGCUGUGGCUUAAAAAUGUAUAUCGGUUGGAUUUGCUUAAAUGAGCAAUCACAGGCAUCAGAGCUGGUCCCUGAUCCCAGCUGUGAUGCCUGCGGAUCUGCAGAGACUCAGAUGCAAAUCUAUGAUGAAGGAAUGUGUCACAUAAUCGGGGAAGAAGGGAGGGGGCAGUAGUAAAGAGUUCCUGUUGGGUCGUUAAAUUGUUUUUCCGGUGCUUGAAAUAAUAAAGGGUGGAGGGUCCUUCAGUCUCUCUCAAACAUUCCACACUUCUUACAUUAUGAAGAUAAAACUCUAUACGGUGCCAGUAACCAUGACAUUUUGCAUCAUGUUUUAGUUUCAUAUUUACCCUGCAGAAUUUAUUUGAUAAGGUUAUAGUCUCAUUACAGUAACACAACAUAGGAUUCUUAAUGCAGUGAGCAAGUCUAGUGUGUUUACAUUCAGGCCUCGGUGAGAUACUCAUCUGACUGAAGCAGGUAGUCAGCUCUGCUAUAUUGACUGUAAGGCUGUCCCUUUAAAUAAGGUGGUGCAGCAGCACGUUUGAAGGAAAAAAUUGAAGUUGAUCUGUAAAAUGUGAGCAAAAUAUUUGAUGCACACACCAGAGAAAACAAUUAUUCACCUCCAGUAAUACAGAGAUGCUUAGCCUCAUUUGACAAAAUGAAAUGAUCUGCAGUCAUAUCAUCAUCAUCAUCAUCAUAUGUUAGGAUGAUUGUGUGUAUUAUUGUGCUUUAAAAGAAAGUCGUACUAGUAGCCAAAAUAAUACAUUAUUAGCACUUUUUUGAUUCCUUUUGAAGGUCUCAUGUACAGAUUAAGCUUUCUAAAAGAUGAACGCAAUCCAAAGUUUCUCCUUCACAACUUCUGUACCACGGUUGGUCAGUGGAAAUUAAUGAAACGUGCCAAUGUGAGUUUUUAGUUUCGAAUUAUUUGUGUUGAAAUGGCAAUACUGAGGGGUCCUUUUAUUAUCUUCACUUUAUUUGGGAAUGAUUUCUCAUUUUCCACAUUUUAAUUGGGAACAUUACCAAUACUGGAGCCUUACCAUAAAUAAAUAUAUAGCUCCCUCCUGUUGUUUUGACCCACACAAAGCAACAGAACCAUUGAACCCACAUAUUUUCAGAACCAUCAGCUGAGUGAGUCUGUCUGUAUUUUGUGAACAUCUGUAUAGUGUGUGGUUAUUAAAGUGUAUAUGAGCCUUGGGAUAUAUCCCAGGGUGUCUGUGAUACCAGAAAUUACAUGCAUUAAUCCUAAAAUGGAAGAGUAUUUGUUGAAUGCAUGGAGGGAGUUUUAAACACUCGUCUGAAUCUGGCUGCUCUUCAUUAUCAGCGAAAGUCUUCUGAAUUAUGUUGUACUAUGGCUUUCUAGGGUUGUUCUGCGAGGUCACGGAGAAGAGCUGAAAGAUUGAAAAUGCUGGGUCAAUUGUAUGUUAUCAAUGGGGAAGCCAUGAGAUUAUUGAGAUGAUUGGUGGCAUCACAGGAGACCUCGAUUUACACUGUUACUGUUUAAGAGUAAAAGGGCUUCAACUAUGCACUUUUCCUACAACAAAACAGAAAAUAAAAAGACUUAAGUCUGA